GAAAUGGUUGGGUAGCCACUUCCAAAUUCCGAAUCUUACAACUUUAUUCAUUCGUCAUAAGAUGGCGCAAGUAUAAAUUUUUAAAUUGUAAAUUCGAAAUACUAAAUUCUAAAAGUUAAUUGAUAUACCGGUCCAAAAAUAUAAAUAAAUAUCUAUUAAAAAUAAAAAGUAAAGAUUUGAUUUGGUGUCUAUUUUGUCUUGUAUCUUAAAAAGUUUAAUGGUUUUAAUAUACAUAACCUAUAAAAUUGACAUUUUGUAAACAUUAAAGCGGGUAUAAAACUAUAAACUUGCUAUAUGUUCGAAUCAAAUUCUUUAAGUAUAAAUUAAAUGAUGAAUAAUAGUCACAUUGAAUCUGGAAUUCAACUGUUUAAGAGACUCAACCGCAAAACAUGUCUUGAAGGAAUAAAUCCUCAUUUUUUCGCCGAUGGGGGCCCUCUUCCCAACCAAGUUAUAGAAAUUACAGGAGACCAAAGGGACAAGAAUGAUCUGCUGAUAGACUUUAUUGUGAAGUGCAUUUUACCUAACAAGUACAACCCAGAAUGGAAAUCAUCGGGAGCUGUUCUCAUACUCACUGAACAUCAGAUAAAUAUCUUGAAAAUUAUUAAAGUUAUAGAAACACAUUUAAAAACAAACAAAAUUUUAGAUUCAUCUAAAAGUAUACUGGAAAUGUCACUGAAGAAUUUGACAAUAUUCAACUGUUACAGUGCGGAAGAUUUAGAUAUAACAAUCAUAAACCUAGAACGACUUAUUCUAGCAAAAGACAAUAUAAAUUUAGUUGUUUUUGAUAAUAUUUCAAGUUACUACUGGAUAGCCAAGCAAGAUAUUAACACUUUAAGCUACUACCAACAUUCCUCCAACAUAUUUCCAAAAAUUUUUAAUGUGAUAAAGACUUUAAACGUUUUAUUAAUAUUUACUAGAAGUAAAAAGGCGAAUUUUGGUAGCAAGAAGAGUUUUCCGAAUGUAGAUUAUCAGAUAAAUAUUGAAGAUAGGGAAGAUCAUUGUAAGCAGGUCGAAGUUACAGAUUUUGCAGCAAAAAAGAGUGUUAGUGUUAAAUAUAAGGCUAAUAUUAUUGUUGAGUUUUUGUGAUUUUUAAAUAAAGAUAGGAUUUUGAUAUUUUUCA